CUCGUAGUCAUGAUCUGCGCGUGCGCCCUCAGUUCAUUCUUAAAGAGAUCGAUGAAGGGAGGGCGGCUACAGUAGGCAGCGAGAGUAUGCGCCAGACGCAGCCCAAGUGCUUGUCUUUCGUGUAGCUCGGCGACGGUAAAGCGGUGUUAUUCAUAGGAUACUAUCGCUUGCAGGCCUCUGUCUGUGCCAGUCACGUUUUUCACGUCGUGUUCCGCAACUUUUACUCCCAUCAUGUGUGGUAUCUUCGCGUACAUAAAUUACCUGACCCCCCGGACGAGGAAGGAGAUUCUCGAUGUGCUCAUCAAGGGACUUCAGAGAUUGGAAUACCGAGGAUAUGACUCCGCUGGAGUGGCUGUUGAUGGGGACGGGGAUGAUACGAUCGUGGUGAGGAAGAGCGGAAAGGUCCAGGCCCUCCUCGAUCAAAUCGAAACGAUGUGUCAGGAGAGUUGGAAGACUGAGGAGGGUGCUUACGAAAGCCACGUCGGGAUCGCUCACACCCGCUGGGCCACCCAUGGCGUCCCUUCUGAAACCAAUGCACACCCUCAAAGGAGCGAUCCACAUCAUGGUUUCCUUGUCGUCCACAAUGGGAUCAUCACGAACUACAAGGGAAUCAAAUUGUUCCUCACGACGAAGGGAUAUCAGUUCGAGAGUGACACGGACACAGAGAUCAUCGCCAAGCUCAUCCAUCAUCUCCAUAAGAAACAUCCCGAUUACUCAUUCCGGGAACUUGUAGAAACCUGCAUCCAACAGCUCGAGGGCGCUUUUGCAGUGUGCUUGAAGAGCAAGCACUUUCCUGGGGAAUGCGUGGCAUCGAGACGAGGGAGUCCUCUCCUGGUGGGCAUCAAGACGAAGACGAACCGACUCGCUACCGAUUACAUUCCAGUCUGCUAUCCCAUAGAUCACCGAGGAACAGAAUUCCCGUUGUUCACACGGAACACAUCGAUGGCAGAGUUCCAUCCGCUCGCAGAUGAACACGAGGUGGAAUACUUCUUUGCUUCUGAUGCGUCUGCAGUCAUUGAGCACACCAAUCGUGUUAUCUUCCUUGAGGACGAUGAUGUGGCAGCCGUAAAGGAUGGGACACUCAGCAUCCAUCGUCUUACCCGCUCCCUUGACGAUUCCCAUGCUCGAGAGAUCACUACGCUCAAGAUGGAGAUCCAAGAGAUCAUGAAAGGAAACUUCAGUUCCUUCAUGCAGAAAGAGAUCUUUGAACAGCCAGAGUCGGUGAUCAACACAAUGAGAGGGAGGGUGAAUUUUGAAAACCAAACCGUUGUCCUCGGUGGCAUCAAGGAAUACCUCCCAGAGAUCCGUCGAUGCCGUCGUUUGCUUCUGAUUGCAUGUGGGACAAGUUACCAUUCAGCCAUAGCAACACGGCAGCUGAUUGAGGAACUAACAGAGCUUCCUGUCAUGGUGGAAUUGGCUUCUGACUUUCUCGAUCGCCUCACUCCUAUCUUUCGUGAUGAUGUCUGCUUCUUCAUCUCCCAGUCUGGAGAGACAGCGGAUUCCUUAAUGGCUUUGCGUUAUUGUAAGCAGCAUGGUGCCCUCAUUGUUGGCAUCACAAACACUGUCGGGUCAUCCAUCUGUCGCGAGUCUCACUGUGGUGUCCACAUCAAUGCAGGUCCAGAGAUCGGAGUUGCAUCAACGAAGGCAUACACGUCUCAGUUUGUCUCUCUGGUGAUGUUUGCCCUUGUCAUGUCUGAAGAUCGCAUCUCCCUCACACCUAGGAGGAAAGAGAUCAUAGAGGGAUUGCGUCUUUUGCCAGAGCAGAUCAAGCAGGUUCUGGCCCUGGACUCUGAGGUGGAAGAUAUUGCCAAAUUCCUGUACCAGCAGAAAUCUCUCUUGAUCAUGGGACGUGGCUACAACUUUGCAACGUGCCUCGAGGGUGCCCUUAAAGUGAAAGAGAUCACAUAUAUGCACAGUGAGGGAGUUUUGGCAGGGGAGUUGAAGCAUGGACCCCUUGCUCUAGUGGACCAGCACAUGCCUGUCGUCAUGUUUGUCACCCGAGAUCCCACCUACAAUAAAUGCAUGAACGCACUGCAGCAGGUGGUCGCUCGUGAGGGUCGCCCGAUCCUCAUCUGCAACAAGGGAGACACGGAGACGCAACAGUUUGCCUUCCGAUCCCUAGAGGUCCCGCACUCUGUCGACUGCCUUCAGGGGAUCUUGACAGUGAUUCCGAUGCAGCUCUUGAGUUACCACAUUGCCGUGCUUCGUGGUUGUAAUGUGGACUGCCCACGGAAUCUUGCCAAGUCUGUCACCGUGGAAUGAGAAUCGACUCAAAUUGUGUGAUAUUGAAGUCUUUGCUCCAUGCCAUUCCAUCCCUGGGGAUCACUCCUGAGUCUUUUCAUUUAUUUCGUUGAUUAUUCUGUAGAGUUUUGCUUGGUGUUCUGCUGCUCUGGCUGGGAUAUGCAAUUUAUUUCUCAUCUACCAUUCACAUUGUAUCCCUACUGUAUAUAUGCUUUUAUUUUCUCUAUGAUGCCAAGGAGCUACCAUUCUAAAAAUUCCAGCUGUCUCAGACUGUCUCCUAAUUUUUACUGAUUGGACUUUCAUGGAUGUAAUUGGGAAUAAGUGGCUCUGUUAUGUUUUUAACUGAAGCAUGAAAGUAUGGACAAAAAUUACAUGAUACCACUUAUAAAUUGAAGAGUGGCCAGAUUCAACAAGAAUCCAUGACCAUCAUCAGUCAGUACCAGUUAGGAAUUUGAGGAUGUUCAUUUGAAAAGUAGAAUCUAUUGGAAAUGAUGGGAUUUUCAUCUAUAAACAGUUUGGAAUUCCUUGUGGAACUUUUAGAAUGGUAGGGCCAAAUCCUUGUUGAUUCUCUCCUGACCAUGAAUCGCUGAGCGAGAUGACCCUGUGAAGGAAUUAAACCAUAUUUUUAUGAGUACACACA